AUGGGAUUAGUAUCGUCAAUUUUAUGUUGCAAUACAGAAUUUGAAGACUCAGAACUCGGUAAUACUAGGAACUUAAGACUGCCUGAUAAUAAAGAAUAUAAAAAUACGAUGAUGACAAUUGCUGCAUCCUCUAUUCAUGAUAACACUGUUAAGCGUGAGAAACCCUAUAAAGAUGAGAAUACAGAUAAACUAAAUGCUCCUCCAGAUUAUAAAACUAGGAUAAGCCUUGCCAAUAAUAACGGAGAUGUAACAAAAACUUCUUCCAAACUACUGACCUUAGAUGAAUCUGAUGAUGAAAAGGAACCCACAUUUGUUGAAGAAAAACAUCAAAUCGAAUACGAUGAUGCUUCUGAUAGCCAGAAAGAGCAUCAGCUAGGUGGUGUGACAUCUUCGGAUGAAAGAAGUCAUGAAAUACAGGGGCCAGUAGAGAUAGAUACGACAAAUAUACAGUCUAUUAAUCCCUCGUACUCUAUUCCGCAGACUGACAUUGACCAGAAUAAUUAUGCCUUGGAAAAUACACAGGAUCGUCCAUCAGAUAACGAUUAUAGCGACAUGGAUCAAGACGAUACCUAUAUAGAUCUGUCAUUAUUACAACCUGAUCAAUAUCACGCUUCUGGCUUUAGGACUUUGUUACCACCGCAAACAAACGAGUGUUUUGGGAAGAAAUGUUUAGUGCUAGAUCUUGACGAAACAUUAGUUCAUUCUUCCUUCAAGUAUCUCCAUACAGCAGAUUUUGUCUUACCAGUCGAUAUCGAUGAUCAAAUUCAUAACGUGUAUGUCAUUAAGAGGCCUGGUGUUGAUGAGUUUCUCCGGAGGGUAGCCCAACUAUAUGAAGUCGUCGUUUUCACGGCUAGUGUCUCACGUUACGGAGAUCCUCUUUUAGAUAUAUUAGACAGUUCAAAUUCCAUUCAUCAUCGCCUCUUCAGAGAAGCAUGCUAUAACUAUGAAGGAAACUAUGUUAAAAAUUUAGCACAGAUAGGAAGACCUCUUUCUGAAAUUGUAAUACUUGAUAAUUCCCCCGCAUCUUAUAUGUUUCAUCCACAACAUGCAAUUCCCAUCUCAUCCUGGUUUUCUGACACACACGAUAAUGAAUUGUUAGACAUUAUACCUUUGUUAGAAGACCUUUCGCAGAAAUAUGUCCCCGAUGUCGGGAAAAUAUUAGAUGUAACCAUAUGA